AUGUUAUCAAGAUCUAAAGCUGAUGUGAUACGAAGAUAUAAUAAAUUGAUUUUUACAACACAGCCCAAUUCCAUUCACUCUUAUCAUCGAAAUGAUUCUAUGUGUUCUGUUAUUGACACAUUAAAAGGAUUAUGGGGGAAAAAGAGUGAAAUAAAUAUAUCACCACCUUACAAUGCAACACAUGUGAAUCAUGUACACUUUGACAUCAAUUCAAAUGAAUGGCGUUGGGAUGGAUGCUAUCCAGAAUUGAUGGAAACAUUGACUAGCGAUCAACAAGAAAUACUGAUUUUAUUUAUUCGUCAACUAUACAACGAAUUGAAAAUGACUUGGAAUACAACAUUGAAACAAUAUAAUGGCAUAGAUUCUUGUCCUUCGACUCAUGAACAAACUGUUUUGCGUAUUAAACAAGCUUGUAAAAUGGAUGAUCCAGCCUUAUCUUAUCAAUCAUGGUCUCGAAUUGGUGAAGGAGCAUCGGGAAUUGUAUACAAGGCUCAUGAUCAAGAGGGAAUAGCAGUAGCAGUGAAACGAAUCCGACUAAACCAACAUCCUCGACACGAUUUGUUGUGGAAUGAAAUCAACGUCGCUAAAUCGUCAAAAUGUCAUCCCAAUAUUGUACAAUACAUCUCUUCGUAUUUAUGGCUUGAUGAUAUCUGGAUGGUGAUGGAAUAUAUGGAUGGUGGAAGUCUUACUGAUAUUGUUACCUACCGAUACUUAUUCGAAAACGAAAUUAGUGUAGUGUGUCGUGAAGUUCUUCAAGGAUUGGAUUAUUUACAUUCAAAUCAGAUCAUCCAUCGCGAUAUCAAGAGUGAUAAUAUACUAGUAAGUCGUCAAGGUCAUAUCAAGUUAUCUGAUUUUGGUUUUUGUGCAAGACUUAGUCAUCACCAACCACAAAGAAAGACUUUAGCAGGAACCAUUUGCUGGAUGGCUCCAGAGAUUGUAUCAAGUGAACCUUAUGGAUGCAAAGUAGAUAUCUGGUCUUUUGGUAUAACUGUGAUUGAAAUGAUUGAAAGUAAACCACCUUACUUUAGUAAUCCCGGACGGGCGACUACCAUGUUAAAAUUAAAGCAGCAACCAACGUUAUUAUACCCUCAACGACUUUCAUCUACUCUUCGUCAUUUUUUACAGCAAUGUUUUGUCCUGGAACCUCAACAACGAUCUUCCGCAGCAAUUUUAUUACAACAUCCAUUUGUGACACGUGGAGAAUCUACUGAUGUACUUCUUCCUUUGAUCCACUCCUCCCUUGGUCAUCCUUAG